ACAGUCUCUACUCUAGUCUAGGCUAGUCUAGCAUCACUGACUGUACUGCACUGGUAGACAUACCAUGGCAUGUGUACAGCAAGGUGUUGCAGCUACUCAACGACGUUACGCGUUCAAGUCAGUUCAGUUCUGAUGCAAGGAGGUGUGCAAGCAAAAUGGCAGAGCAAGGCAACACGAUGUCCCUGGCCGAGCUGCGGGCCAAGAAAGCUGCAGCCAGCAAGCCAGGAGGCGGCCGAGGUGCCGCAACAAAACCGGCUUCGUCUACCCGGCCAACGGCAUCGUCAGCGACGUCCGGGAGCAGCGCCAGCACAGCACGCCGCACUGGUGCUGCGGCUGCUAUGAGCCGGCCGCCAUCAUCCGCUCCUCGUACUACAGCCGCCACAGCAGCAGCUAGCAGUAGUGCUGGAGCAGUGGGUGCUGCCAGUGUCGUCGAUUCGGUGAAGCAAGAGCGAGCUGAGGCCAACCGCAGAGACUUGGCUGCCCAGAAAGAACGUCGUCUGGCAGAGGCUAAGGCAAAGGAGGCGCAGAAGCGACAAGCGGUAGAAGAGCGUAGAAAGCGAAUGGAAGAAGAGGAGAAAGCUAAGCGCCUCAAGCAGGCCAAGGCUAGGGAAAGCCGAAGUCGACCAGACCUCUCCACGAUUGGUGUCAGUGGAGGCGGGAGCCGUCGUCAGCCUGGAAUCGGUGUCAGCGCGUCUUUGAGCCGCUCAACUGCCUCUCUGAGUAGCGGUGCGGGGAGAGCAGGUGGUGUUGGGUCGAUGUUGAGCUCCUCAACACGGGAAAUGAACACGGUGGGAACGCCUGUUGCCCAUCGACCACCAGGUCACAGCACAGCAGCAGGUAGGACAGCAAGGCCUGGGACAAGUGACCAGUCCUUGCAACGCUCAGCUGGCAAUCUCUCCACAAUGACAACAACGGGUAGAGCAAGCAGCAGCAGCAGUGCUACUACUAGCAGCAGUAAGUCCAGGAUACCUGGUCAGACCAGCGGCUCUAGGAUCAGCAUGACGCCAGGGCGCCCGUCAAGUUCAAUGGCAUCAUCAUCAGCGUCCAAAUCCAAUGCCACCGCUGCCGCUACUACAGGUCGCGAGUCUAUGUCGGGGGGCAGCCGUAUACCGCGCAAAACAGGCUCUGGCAUUGCCACAACCGGUAACAUGAGGGCAUCCAUGAGCAACCAGCGGCCGGGGCGCAUGGAUGCUGUGGGUGUUAAGGGCAAUGUGAAGGGCACGGAUAGGAUGUCCAAUGCCGCUGCCUUGCUGCGGCAUGAGCAUGAAGAAUCCGAGCGGCUGGCUGCCAUGGAACGAGAGCGUGAAGAAGAGGAGCAGAGACUGUUUGAGGAAGAGGAGCUGGCGGCGCGACUGGCAGUGGAGAGCGAACAAGCACUGGCUGUCGACGAGGACGCGGAGAAGCAGGCUGAGCUGCAACGAGAGCAGUUUGACGAGAACGAGCGGAAACGUGAAGAGGAGCGUGCCAGCGCAGAGCGCGAGUGGCUUGAGAAGAUGCGUCGGGAGCAAGAGAAACAGAAAGAAGAAGCUGAAGCUGAAGCUCAGCAGCGGAGACUCGAACAGGAAGAAGAGGAGGCGAAUGAACUUAGGAGAAAGCAAGAAGCUAAUGCCGAGAAGGAGCGGAUGCGACAGCAGCAGGAACUGGAAGAUGCUGAGGCAGAGCGUCAGAGACAAAAACAACUCCUGCGUCAGCGAGAAGAGGAAAAGGAGCAGCAGCAGCAAGCCAAGCUACAACAGGAAGAAAGAAAACGCCAGGAAGAGCAGCUACGGCUAGAAAGGGAAGAGCAGAAAAGAAAGGAAGCUGACGAAGCAGAGAGGCAAAAAGCGGAACUUCAGCGCCGCCUGGCAGAAGCCGAGGCUAUUCGCCAAGAGGAACUGGAGCGGGAGAGACUUUUUGAGCAGGAGAAACUCGCAGAAGAGGAACUGGAGAGGGAGAGACUUGCCGAAGAGGAACUAGAGAGGGAGAGACUUGCUGAAGAGGAACGAUGUCAGAAAGAGCUCCAGGAGCAGCAGGCCGAAGCUGAACGACACCGGCGAGCCGAGCAAGACCAAAUGGAGCGGGAAGAAGCCGAGCGUCAGGCACGGCGUGAGCGUAUUCAACAGAUCAUGGACAAAACUCGUCGGCCGCUGUCUGGAACUCUACCUGAAAAGACGCCAUUGGAAGCUAGUUCUGUGACUGCAACUGAGGUCACCGUAGCCAAUGCUGCAGUUGCUGAUGCUCCCACAUUGCCACAGCAGCCACAGACUGCACUCUCGCAGGUAUCCGGCAAGCAAGAUCUCCCAAGAAUCGGCACAUCCGAUGACAUUGGCUCCACGGCUAAGUCCGAAGUGGAUGAAGUUCACAGAUACAAUGCGGUCAAAGGCAGCACCUCAAGUUCAUCGCUGUCUGCCGACAGCCGUAAAACAAGUUCCAUCAGCAGUGUGAGCGGUAUGGAGGAAGUGUCCGUUGUCGAACGCAUCAUCAAUCAGAAGAAGAAGAAGGACCCGGACGAUGACUGGGAUUACCCAGACUCCUCGCCAGCUGUAUCAAUUGGUGACCUGCGUAGUGAGCUACGGGAUGCAGAGGCCGAUGAUCAGCUGUCCUCUGGUCUGUCAGGUAAUGAGCUUGAACACAGUACAAGUAGUAUUGCAAGUAGUGUUAGCAGCAGAGCUGGACUGACUGGCUCCAACAAAUCACUCGGCAGUGGGGUGUCUGGAACGCCGGCAGUGGGUUUGAUCACUGCACCAUCUCAACGGCAAACAACAAUACCACCAGCCGCAGUGUCUGGUCGUCCAAAGAGUGCCGAGGUGUCGUCCAUGCAACGCUUGUUCCAGCGGCCAAUCAGCGCUGACAGCAGUAAGGCCCCUGAGAAACGCUUCACUUCUUCAAUGACCACACAGGCAGAUCCGAUGGCCAACACAGGCGGUGACCGUGCGUCUGCAUCACCAUCCAGUGUCUCCAAUCCAUCACCAUCCAGUGUCUCCAAUCCAUUAUUUCUGACACGGACAAAGUCACCUGGGAAAGAGACCGCACAGAAAGAGGACUCGCGGAUCACCCCGAGACAAGGUUUGUCUCUUCACGCCACGCCAACAGCAGCAGCAACACGGUUGGCUGCUCAAUCCGUAGGAGUAUCUUCCAGUGGUGCCUCACCAAAUCAGCCUAUAAGCCCUGUGCGUGGUGAAGCUACUCCGACCUCGUCCACCAGUGCUACACCGACUGCUGCUCAAUCAUCAACCACAACACCUCGCUGGGACUUUUCCAAACGUGCAUCGCAGACACCGACGGGUCACACUGGCAGCAGCCCAUACAGCUCAUCCACAGCCGAUGUGCACACUACUCCCGUCAACAGCAUCGCACAUGUACAGUCAGCUACAGGCUCCCAGGAGAGACUAUCGCCAUUGCCACCAGAGUCACCUCCGCCAGCUCUGCCCAGUGAAUCGCCACCCGGCACACCGGCAAGCAGAGCCAGUCCCAGCUCCAGCUCGCCAUCCCCGCAACGUAGCUCCGCAGAUUCUGGUUUAGAUGACACGCCUCCGGAGCUACCUGGGUCACCACCACCCGGACUGGACAGCAGAGAUGCACCGGAACUACCAGGCUCCUCGCCUCCCGAUGCAGGCCCAACACUACCAAGCUGUUCUCCACCUGAUACAAGCCCAGAGCCGCCGCAGUUGCCUGCUUCUUCACCGCCUAUCACCUCCAGUGCCAGCUCUGUAGCAUUGCCUGUGACUAGAGAGGUAUCACCACAUCCACAGCCGGUGCCACGCUCCAGGACAUCAGUGGACCGCAGCAUUGGCGCUGCGCAGCCUAUCGUACCUACAGCCACUCCCCAAGCUGCGCCGCGGAAAGCGUCGGUGACCAAACUUGCCGCUUCACCGGACGAAGUGAGCCGCAAGCUGCCAACUGUCACUUCACAUGCUGCUCCUGUGUUGGACAUGUCAGGGGAAGUACAGCAUGCGAAUGCUGGCCACACUGUGACAGCUGCUGCAUUCGUAACUGCAGAACCACACUCGUCCAGUACGACUCACUGGCUCGAGGUCGAAGAGCGGAUGGAGCGGACAAUCGGGGACGUGCACCAGUUGCUGAAGAAUCGAGGCGUACCUUCGAUCCCUGCUGGUGAAGGUGAGGAUGAGCUAUGGAGGCAGUUGCUGACAAUCAAGCCGGUGAGCACCGCAUCUCCGAAGCACAUACCUAAAGAUGCCAGUGAAGAGGAGAUUGUAUUGAAUAGCGAGGGUGAUGAAGACGACUACGACGACGACGAUGACGACUAUAUAACCAACUCAGAAGACGACAUGCUGGAUACUGAUGAUGAUGGCCUGGUCUGAUUGCAUAGGCAGUCCAGGCUGUGAAUGAUCUAAUUCCAUAGCCAGUCCAGGCUAUGAGUGAUCUGAUUCCAUAUGCAGUCCAGGCUGGGAAUUGAUUUCGUGGGCAGUCCAGGCUGGGAAUUGAUUUCGUGGGCAAUCCAGGCUGUGAAUGAUAUGAUUCCAUAAGCAGUCCAGGCUGUGAAUGACCUGAUUGCAUAGGCCGUCUAGGCUGUGGAUGAUCUUAUUCCAUAGCCAGUCCGGGCAGUGAAUGAUCUGACUCCAUAGGCAGUCCAGGCUGUGAAUGAUCUGACUCCGUAGGCAGUCCAGGCUAUGAGUAUCCUGCUACAAAGCAGUGUGCCUGCAAUCAGCUUGACGUUAAUAAUUGAAACCGUCCAAUGGAUACAACAUGCAGCUGCUUGCCAGCAGUACGCUACAGACCAGUGUCUCUAGACCAGUGUCUCUAGACCAGUGUCUCUAGACCAGUGUCUUCAGACAAGCAUCGGUCUCUGACCAGUAGCGUCUCUGAUCUCACCGCCCAUGGACAAGGACUGCAUGCAUUGCUAACGGAACUGCCUUUUCGAUUAUUUACCCACUAGAUAACGGAUACGUAGACUUGGAACUAGAUCCUGGUCUCUUGAAUCGUACCCAGCACAGUGUACCACGGUGUACUAUACAGGAGAUAGAAUGUUUGUGACGCCCAACUGCACCGCUUUCAAUCACUUGCCCUAUUUGCCCGAUCAUGCUGUGGAUGUGACAUAGUCCCUGUUCGAAGCCAUUGUGGUAUUAUUAUGUUUACAACGGAGUUGGCUUUCUCACUAAGCACAUUGCAUUUAGCACAUUGCUGUCGGCUUUUGCCGGUGCUCAUUCAUGCAUGGCGUGAAUUGAACAUGGUGUCGCCAGCAGGAUAAUGCACGUGGCAAAAUGAUCUCUGGACGCUUCCACCGUUCCUCAUCAUGUGUUGUGAAAAGAGUACUUACUUAGUAAUUUGAAGUAGGUUUCGUGAAUACUACACCUGUCGUACUCGCUGUAGUACGGUUUCUAAUUUCUUCUUGUUGAAUAUAAUUAUUGUUAUCUCUGGU